GAAAAGGAAAGGGCUUUGUCCGCAGAGGUUGCACUUAAUGCAAAUGAAUCAAAGAAGAUAUUGGAGUCUCAACUCAUUAGAAUCGAAGCAGAUGCUCGAACAAUGUCUGCAAAGAUUGAAUUAUUAGAAACAGAAGAAAAGGAAAGAGCACUGUCAGCACAAAUUACAGUCAAGUGUCAAGAACUUGAAGAAGAGCUGUCGAGGAAGAAACAAGAAGCUGAGCUACAGCAAAACCUUAACUCGAACGUUGAAGUGAAGAUAAAACAGGAGGAUUUAGCUACUGCUGCUGGAAAACUUGCGGAGUGUCAAAAAACAAUAGCAUCUUUAGGAAAGCAACUGAAAUCUCUUGCAACACUUGAAGACUUCUUAAUCAACACCAGGAGCAUACCCGAGUACCCUACAGGUGGAUCAUCGAUUCCUAAAGCUGGUGGAGAGCCUUGGAAUUUACGUUCCUAUGAAACAUCUUCACCCAAAAGAGAUCCAGAGUCUCCAAGAGCUAGUGCUGAUAAGGACAAUGGAAACUCACCGCCAUCUUCAUCCUCGUCUUCAAAUAUUGUGUCAUCAAAUCAUGUCAGUUCCGAGAAGCACAGAAAUGGAUUUGCGAAAUUUUUCACUCGGAGUAAGAACGGGAUACAACUAGAAAUUUAAUAGAAUUUACACACGUUGUAAAAUUGUUGUCAUUUUAAAGACGGCGAUUAAAUGCUGAUUAAUCACCGGUAAUAUCAUUUAAUCACUCUUAAGUUGUCUCAAUCUAUACGAUUCAUGAAUGUUUGUUGUAUUCAUAUUGA